CAGACGAACCGGAUCAACCUGUACGUUGCGAAACAACCUGGCACCCUCAGUUCUGAGUGAUCACAGCGACUGAACGGACUCCUCCGGAUAAUUAUUUCGAUUUUUUUUCCCGCGAUUGGUCGUGACCGGAAUCCGUCACUGUACAAUUUCUGGAGAAGUGUCCUAGUGAAUCAGUAGUACUUGUUUUUUAUUCUUCAAAUGAACUAUGAUGAUUAGUUCGAACGACGUAAAUGAAGUUUCUUUCUCAUUACGUCGCUCUGCCAGUGGUGAUCUGCAAUUAGACACAAUUGAUAGUAAUUUUUCUCACCUCCGUGAAUGAGAAUACAGUCUGUAAAGUUGUCUUAUAUUGAGAGAAUUAUGUGAGGGUGGAAGGCAGUUUUUUCGCAAGUGCAAUUGUAUGUACACGCGGUAGAACUAGUUGUGAGCGGCAGUAAGUGCUCAAAAAUUGAGAUCUUGAUAGACUCUUGUGUUAUGUGAGCAUCCCUUUUCGGGUGUUCGUUUGCAUCUCUAGCUGCGCGUUUUGUUUAUUAGUGGGAAAAGUGAUGGCGAAAAUUCAUAUGUCGCGCAGCUUCACCGAGCUCUUGUGGGACUACGCAGUGUUCGCGGUAUUCAUAGUGUUCUCCACGGUGGUGCCGCUAUGGGGUCGCUUCUUCGGCAGGAAGGAGAAAACCAAGGCCGACUACGUAUUCGGCCUGGGGACCAUCUCGAUGGGUGCCAUGAUGCUGUCGAUUGCCCGCGGAACGCUCGGGGUACGCUCGUUUCUGGGCUAUCCGAGUGAGUUGUUCUAUCGGGGGGCUGCCAUGUGGGAGACCCUGUACGGGAUGGUUACGGCCUAUCCGAUCGUGUGCUUCGUGUUCAUUCCAGUGUACUUCAACCUGGGGGUGACUUCGGUUUAUCAGUACUUGGAUUUGAGAUUCAACAGCCGUUUGGUACGUUGUCUGGCGUCCGGUACGUAUGUGGUACGUUCACUGCUGAAUCUGGGCGUAACUGUGUACACCCCGACUGUAGCCUUGAAUACGGUUAUCGGAAUGCCGUACUGGGCAUCACUGCUUGGAAUCACAGCUAUCAGUAUUGUAUUCAAUCUGUUGGGGGGAUUGAAAGCGGCGAUCACAGCCGACGUUAUCCAGGGUGUAACGAUGAUAAUGAUUUCGAUCGGAAUAAUAAUCCAAUCUAUGGUCAACGCAGGUGGAUUCUCUAAGAUCUUCACAAUACCGGCUGAGCAUGGUCGUUUGAAUUUCUUCAACUUCACUGGGGACUUCACGAUUCGAGUGGAUACAACUUCGGCCUGGCUUGGGCAGCUGUUCAUGUCCAUGAGUAUUUUUGGCUGCCAGCAGAACUUCGUACAGCGUUAUCUGAGCAUGGGCUCGUUCAGAGAGGUUCGUCGCACGCUGAUGAGCAACAUUCCCGUAGUGAUUACUUUGUUCUCGCUGGCUUGGAUUGUGGGCAUGGGAGUGUUUUCAGUGUAUGCCGACUGCGAUCCGAUGGCUUCUGGUUACACGACCAAGAUGGAUGAGAUUCUGCCAUUUUUUGUGGAGGACAAAUUUUCCUAUAUGCCUGGCAUUUUGGGACUUUUCGUGGCGUCACUCUUCAACGGCGCGCUCAGUUUGAAUGUAUCGAAUUUGAACUCGCUUGCCACCGUCACUUGGGAGGAUUUUCUAUCGCAUAGGUACAAGGGAAUCAGCGACAAGCAGCAGUUGAACAUUAUAAAAUUCAUUGGAUCGGUGUACGGAGUGGUGGUAAUGGGCGUUGGAUUCGCCGUGGGAUUGUUGUCGGGUGUAAUUGAGAGCAGUAUGUUGAUGACUUCGGCGACAUCUGGGCCACUGCUUGGCGUGUUCCUUCUGGCGAUGCUGGUUCCAGUGGCCAAUUGGAAGGGCGCCUCCUGUGGAAUGAUUAUUUCACAUAUCAUCACUCUCUGGAUCACUUUUGGCGGACUAACAGUCGACAAAGAGACCGUCACUCUGCCUACGUCAAUCGAGGGUUGUACUAAUGAGACAUUUUCUUCUGGCUUUGUGAAGCCAUCCAAAUCCUGGCUACUGUCCAAUACCCCUUUGGAAAUUGAAUCCGAUUUCUCAUAUCUGGAUACGGGCCGCGAACUAGCGUCUUCCAGUUCAUCCCAAUUCCUGACAAGCAUCUACUCGGUGUCCUAUAUGUACUAUAGUUUAAUUGGAACGUUCCUCACGGUUAUCAUCGGCACUGUGGUCAGCUAUCUAACCAGCUCCCGGGACGAUGCCUACGACCACAAACUGCUUCAUCCUUUCGUCUACCGACUGAGUCAUCUGUUGCCUGGCAGAAGUCGUCGCUAUGUUGACAAUCCAGACAUUCGGCCGAGAGCUCGGUCUGGAGCCAAGGCACCGUCAUCCGACAAGCUGGAGUAUGAUAAUCCUGUUUUCGAGGCCAGUCGGGAAUCGGUGACAAGCACAAAGAAAUCACCCCUCGAUCCGGGAGUAUUUAUCGUUAAUAUGGUCGACGGGCAGAAAAGCAACGGAGUCACGAUCACACCCAGCGAAACGUAUCGAAAGCUGAGCGAAGAAUUGCGCGAAAUCCGGACGUGAAGUUAGUUCAAAAGUAUUACUUUUGUAAUUUUUUUCUUCUCUGUUUUUAAACCCGCUGAAAAUUAUUUAAUUUGCUUAAGCUGACGCUGUAAAACAUAAAAGACUGUGAUAAGACGUAAGCAAGUUAAAGUAAAAACCAAUAUUGAUAGGAACUGUGCGCGAUGAAAAUUAGCUACAGUCAGGGUAGUUUAAACUAGGUAAUUGUCAUGCAGUGUGAGUUCCAGGAUGACUGUUCUUGCGUUCGAAUCUCGCUGCAGGAAGAACGUGGUUCGUUGAUGUAUACAAUGGUAUUUUACUAUUAAUGUAUUGUAAAAUAAAAUAUGUUUAUUCCGAGAA